AUGGCGCCCAGGCUACCGACACGGUGCUGGGCACCAAUACACCGCCAAACAACGACAUCCUCCCCCUCCUCAGCCGCCUUCCUGGCCAGCGCCCUACAAGCACCACAACUCUUCACCCACCACCUCCUCCUCCCUAGCACCAGCCUCACGGGCACCCAGCAGACCCGCGGCAAGAAGUAUGGCUGGACGACCCUAGACGAGCGCGCCCGCACCCUCCAGCUCAAGUACAACGCUCGCACGCCCGAGCUGCCUGCGCUGACGACGACCCCGGAAGCGGCCCAGAAGCGCAGGGAGCGGUCGACACCACUGCGCACAGGUGUGCUGGCGACCAAGAAGGGCAUGACGGGAUACUACACGCGCAACGGCAAGAGGUUCCCCUGCACGGUGCUGCAGAUGGACCAGUGCCAGGUCGUGGCGCACAAGACGACCGAGCGGCACGGGUACUGCGCCGUGCAGGUCGGGUGCGGCGAGAAGCGCGCCGACAACGUGACGGCGCCGCUGCUGGGCUACUACGAGGCCAAGGGGGUCCCGCCCAAGGAACACCUGGUCGAGUUCCAGGUGCGCGGCGAGGAUGGCCUGGCGCCGGCCGUGGGCGUGCAGCUGCUGCCGGACUGGUUCCACAAGGGCCAGUGGGUCGAUGUCCGCGCCCAAUCGCGCGGCAUGGGCUUCGAGGGUGGUAUGAAGAGGCACGGGUUCUCGGGCCAGGAGGCCAGUCACGGUAACUCCAAGAACCACCGCACGAUUGGUUCCGCGGGCGCGUCGCAGGGUGCUGGUUCCAGGGUGCUGCCCGGCAAGAAGAUGCCCGGGCGUAUGGGUAACGAGAGGGUGACGGUGCAGAACCUGGCGGUGCUGCGGGUAGACAACGAGCUGGGCAUCAUCGUGGUCAAGGGGUGCGUGGCCGGGCCCAAGGGUGCCCUGGUGCAGAUUCAGGACGCCGUCAAGAAGCCGCCCCCACCACAGGAGUUUAUCGACAAGAUGAACAAGGCCUUGGAGGACCGGUUUCCGAAUGCCGCGGCGGACCUGGAGGCGGCGAGGAAGACACACCUGCAGCUCAAGCAGAUGAGGAAAGAUCGCAGGAUAGAGGAUGCGCUC